GUACUCAGUUAAUAUUGAACGGUGCUAUAGAGAACAACGUGUGAACUCAACAAAACUAAAACUGCGUUACUCGUUGACUACGAAACUUUGGGAUUUCAAAGUGAUCUGGAAAAAUAUUGCAGAAAGAAAUAUAUAUAGAAACGAAAAGCAAACUUUAUAGACUUGUGAGCAUUUCAAAAGAAAAUUGCAAACCAGUAUUUUGCAAGUAACUCUUGCUUUAUAAUUACGUGUCUAUUUUGGUGAACAUUUCACUUUUGGGUGAAAAUCGCUAGCAAAAGAUGUUGCGUGGUAGCUUUUUAGUGUUAACAUUACUCCUAACGCUUGGAUACCUGCGGGCGCUGCCAUAUUACGGCGAUAAUUUCGAUGAAGAAGCCGAAUUUGUGCCGCUCGAACAACAACAGCAGCAGGGACGUGCCGGUUCACCGCAUGUCAGAGAGAAACCAUUUGAUGUGGAUGUUGUGACCAGUGAGAUUAAUGGCGGCAAUCAAGGCCCUGGCGUGUUUUUCCAGCAAUCAUUCCCCUUCCUCGGAAAUGAUUUCUUUAAUUCGUUUGGUGGUUUUGGUUUCGGUGGUAUCCCACAGGAACACUGGUGGAAGGGCCCGAACGUCUGCACCGAAAAGGAAGAAAACGAAACCUCAGCCGAUUCGAAGCCCAAUGAUACUGAAGAGCUUGCACCUGGUGUCUCGGAGAGCGUCGAUGUAAGACCCAACAUAUUUGGACAGUUCCACAUUAGCCUUAACUCAUGUGUUGAGAAGCCAAAUAAACAUGUAUGCACACGGGUCGUUAACCAAAAUGGCAAAAAGAAGACAAUCACGAUAACACGUCAGUGCUGUCAUGGUUAUGGACGUCCACGUAAUGCUGACUUCGCAACACCAUGUGAAAAAAUGGAAAUCAAAGGCAUCGAUGCAACAGCAGCCGAUAUGGGAGCUAAAGAGUUCGUGGCAACUGCCAAGAACGUCGGCAUUAGCGAAGUCUUGAACAACAAAAACGUGACCAUCUUCAUGCCUGUGGAUGCGGCAUUCAAUAAUUACAUUGAUCAUUUGCAAAGCGAAAAUAACGCCGUUGAGCCAAAGGGUGAUGCUGCCAUGAUGAACUUAUACAAACGUCAUAUCGUUGAUGGCGAAGUCAGUUUGUACGAUCUUAAAAACGAUCAAUUGCUUAAGGCGCAAGAACCCAGUCAGUCCAUACGCAUUAAUGCUUUUGAAGUGCCAUUGGCUUUGGGUGGUGAACCUUACCGCUUUACAGCCAACUGUAUACCAAUUGUAAAACAUGAUAAACUAUCGGAACAGGGUUUGAUACACACUAUGGACGGUGUUAUGAAGGCAGUAACAAAGAAUGUUAUGGAUUUAAUACGCGAACGCCCCGAUAUGUCGAUUAUGCGCACCGUACUUGAGAACACCAAACUGAGUGAACUGCUGGAAGGCGAGAAACCAGUCACCAUCUUUGUGCCAACUGACGAUGCCUUCGAAAAGGUCGAUCCCCAACUACGUCGGGCACUUAAGGAGGGCAAGGGCUGUGGUGCAAAUAUUUUGAAAAAUCACAUAGUCGAUUUGACUUUCUGCUCCGUUGCCUCCAUACCUGGUGCCAAGACAACCGCCUAUAACUUGCUUGGUGAACCGAUGCGUUUCAAUCGCAGCGAAGCAUCCGUCGGCAAAUCAGAGGUCGCCGAUUUAGUGGGUGAACAGCCGGUGGUGAUCAAUAGCAUUGCGAAAAUCACUGAAGCAGACAUAAUGGGCACCAAUGGCGUGUUGCACGUAAUUGACACUAUUCUACCAACGGAAUCGGCAUUGCCACUAUCGACACUGAUGCAAGAGAAGAAUGUCACUAUCUUCAAGCGUUUGCUUGAGGCCGCUGGUUUGGUUGAUAAAUACGACGAUAUGGAUAAUGUGACUGUAUUCGCGCCAACCGACAAGGCAUUACAAGCCACCAAGUGGGCACAGAUUUUGGAAGAAUCACCAGAAUCGUUACGCAAUAAUGCGGAAUUAGUUGAAUUCCUCAAUUAUCAUUUUGCACAGCCGAUGACUAAGACCUGCGACUUGUCCGAUUCCAAUUUACCAACUAUUGCCGGUCCUGAGGUGCGCAUCAAUCUCUACUCCACACAUUCGCUCUUCUCCAAUGUUAUGAAUCGUGCAACGGUCAAUUGCGCACGUCUCGUGCACUUCGACGAUGAAAGCUGCGGUUCUGUGUUGCAUCAAGUGGACAAACCGCUGGUGGCACCAAAAAUGAAUCUGUUGCAAGUCUUGGAGUCCAAUCCCAUGUAUAGCAAAUUCCUCGAAUUGGUGCGCGCCGCUAACCUUACCAGCAUCUUAGCGAAUGCCAGUGAUAGCUACACUUUGCUCGUGCCCAAGAAUGAUGUGUUCGAAGAAGUCGCUGACUGGGAAACGACACUUACCAAAGAUAAGGCCGAAUUGGAGAAUCUGAUCAAGACACAUAUCGUGAAUGAUGUUGUCUGCUGUGCGGGUAUCAUACCGACAAACUGGCCGUUUGUGCGUUCGAUUGAGUCACUGAAUGGCGCACAUUUGCGCAUUACACGCGAACGUCGUCCGAAGAUUGAAAAUGCUGGCGUGACCAAGUGUGAUGCGAUCGCCACUAAUGGUAUUGUGCAUGAGAUCAAUGACAUUAUUGUUCCUCAAAGGCGUCAACAACAACAGCGACCACAACAACAGUUGUAUCGACCACAAGUGGAUACUUUUGGUGACUUAUUCUUCUAAAACACGAAUACUUUGUAACGACAGACAAACAUACGUACGUAAUUGUAAGCUGUCUGAUGUUUUAGAAUUGUAAAGCGCUUUUAGCACUAAUUAUAAACUAGAUUCGGUGCUUCUAGCCUGAAAUUGCGAUAUUUUUUAUUUGUGUAUUUAUUAAUUUAAUGAAAUUUCUCUAUAAUCUGAUCUAUACAUUCGAAUAUACAUACUAUAUGUCUUUUUUUUAAUAAAUUAAAAUAUAUUUAUAUGUAUUAAACCGAA